UUAUAUGCCUCGGGGCAUUGAAGAUUGCUUUUGUGUUUCCGGAAAAGAAAAUGUAUAAGAAAUGGCAGCAAAGUAGAAACAAUAACAUUUACAUUUGUUCUGAUCUAGUCUAGAUCUAGAUCUAAGUGCAACUUAUCAUUUCUUUAUCUAGAAGAGAGAAUAUGAAGAUUUUCCUUCCAUUAUUUGAGAACGUAAACACAAGUUUGUUUUAUAUGUAUUGUGAACAUCUUGUCAACUUUGCUGCUCACUUGAGAAUAUUGUUUAGUAGUCUCCAAAACAAUAAUGUCCACUGCAUCUGAUCAUGUAGCACAGAGCUCUGACAAUUCUAGUCUGUCGCAGCCUCUUCGACCCAGUAAUGAUGGUCGCCAGCUUCCAAGCAUUCCAAAUUCAACGCCUUACAGUUCAAGAUCUCAGAACGGUAGCAGAGUUGGUCAAGCUCUGACGAACAGAGGUAGCAAUGGUUAUGGUCCUUUUUUUCAAGAAUAUUCUCUGAUGGCCGAAUACCACCUUUUACAGCAACAAAAAAUUCCAGGAGUUUAUGUCAUGCCUUGUGCAAAAACACCUUUAAUUUGGAGUGGUCUUAUCUUUAUCAGACAAGGGCUGUACCAAGGAGGAGCACUGAGAUUUUCUCUAAGCAUUCCAGACAACUAUCCAGAUGGGGAUUGUCCUAAAUUUGUCUUUGAAUUUCCUGUCUUUCAUCCUUUAGUAAAUCCAGAAACUGGUGAGCUGGAUGUGAAGAGGGAAUUUCCUAGGUGGAGGAGAAAUGUUAAUCAUUUAUGGCAAGUGAUAUUUUAUGCCAGAAGAGUGUUUAGUAAAGUGGAAACCAAAUCACCGUCCAACCCAGAGGCAGCACUUCUCUAUCAGCAAGAUAGAGAACUUUUUGAACAAAAAUUGUCAGAAUCCUUAAAGUUAUCCAAAGACAGAUUGUAUCAACCUCCAGUUUUAGAUGACCCUUACGCACUCAGGUUCAGUCCUUGGAAUGAAGCCAUUCAUCCAGAUACCAAGAAACAAAUGAUGCACUUAUCCCAGAAAUGUUUUCAAGGUUUUAGGCACCAAUCCAAUGAAAGUGGGUCAGCCAAUCCAUCUGAUCUGGGGUUGUCCUGGAUGGAUCCAGACCAGCCAAACAUCUUUGUUAAAGAUGAGUCUGAAAAUAAUUAGGCAAACACUUUUUUGUAUGAAGGAAGAUGAGAAGUCCUAUGCUUCAGGAUUAACUGCCUUGACGUGAUCUUCAGUCAUUCAGCCUGUUGCUCUUAACAAGAGGCUAGAGUCGUACACUUUAGGGACUGCCUCAGAACUUGUUUAUGUUUGCCUCCCCUUGUGAUGGUUGUGUUCUAUGUUUCUAACCAUUAUCAGGAAAUGUCAAACCUUAUUUUGUUCAAGUGCCCUCUGAUAUCAUAUGACUUGUGGGAGUUACCUCUUUUUGCAUUUUGUCUGGAACUUUUUGUUCACAGCUACUGUAUUAGCAUUUUUUUGUUCAAAUCUCCUUCAGAUUGAUAGUGUAUAGUUUAUGCUUUUUACUUUAUUCUUUGGUGGAGGUGAGGGGCAGCGAUGGUAGGUAAAAAGGGGAGGAAAAAAAACAAAGAAUUUUUUAUUAAUGGACAAAUGUUUAAACUAUUACUUUUCUUUCUUUUUUAAAUAGUACAUUGAAACAAAUGGUGCCUGCUAAUUCUUUAUGACAGGGAUAAUUAUUCCCCAGUUGUCUUUCUUUGUUCAUAAUUACAGUGUCUUACUCAAUACAAAGAGUCCCAAAAAACUUAGCACUUAAUAACCUGAAAAUCUGAAUAACUCAGCCUCAACACAGCAAAGAAUCAACACGCUAUUAUAAAGGUAUUUAAACUAUAGAUCACAAGGAGCUUUUAUUUCAGGCCACAGAUUAAUGAGAAGUGCAGUAUUUCAAGUGUAACCUUUAUAUUUUGCCACUUCCAACACAGAUAUAACCGUUGUCCACCAGUGGUCAAUUUAGUUUCUCUUUUCGCUAUCUAUGUCUGUCCUUGGCAGUGGAUUUUCUUUUAGUCUCGAAUGUGUCUCCUGUGGCCUUUGUGAAAGCUGUCCAAUUACCCUUUAGUAUUUUGAAGUUCUUUUUUGCAUUUUUUCCUUUUGAACUCUAUUCCAACAACCCAACAACUUCUGGUAAGUUUUCAGAACUCUACUGAAUGAGUUCCGCCUUCCCUCACACACACACACUUGCUACACUCUGGUGUCAGUAGCUCACAUUUAUUUGAAGUUCUAAGACACUGUGUCAGUGUGAUUGUGUUUCAGUUACAUCUUUACAUGGUACUGCCAAGAGAAAACAUGACACUUUUGUUCCAAUGGUUAUGUCCUUCCAAAUUAAAAGUUUGUAAUGCUGGUUCAAUGUUCAUGUUCAUAGACCAUCUUAAAAAAAUCUUUAUAUCCUCUUUCCCGUUGAAGGAUAUUUUAGUAUGGAUUACAGGAUUCCUUCAUUGUUUUAAAUAAUGUGCUGGAUAAUUUUUUAUAAGGUGAGUUGUUGUUUUUUUUUUGUUUUGUUUUGUGCAGUUUAAAAGUGGUACAUAUAUAUUUUUUUAAUUGUGUGUGUAUUGUGAAAUAUUAAGAAUAUUCGUCAACAUAAUGUCCUGUUGUUUUUUACCGUAAUGACUUCAAUAAUUUCAAACUGUUUGACAUUAUAUCUAUACCAUGCGGUUGCUAUAGCUGUGGAUAUUAUAUCUAUUGUGCAUCUAUAUAUAUCAUUGCAUUCUCUCCCUAGCUUAUAAAUACUUGUGUUUGUGUAUGUCAGUGAGUCCUUUGUGACACAAUGUUCCGUGAUAUCUCUCAUUGUUGCCUGUCUUGCCCUCCACUCAGAGACAAGUUAUCUCCCCUAGACACAUGGCUUGGCUCUCAUGCAUUUUCAUUAUAUAUAUGAAUGUUCCUUGGUGGUGUUGAGUUUUAGAAAUAAGUACUUAUGUUGUUCAAAUAUAGAGUACUUUAAUAUAUAGAUAUAUAUAGGCCAUAACAUUUCUAUUAAACUAGGGUCAUAUUUUGGGAAGGCUGUGUGGGAAAGAGUGAGGAGGAUGCUAUAUAUUACUACUAUUAUUUUAUUUAUUACACCAGUGAAUUGUAUUACAUGCAUAGUCUUAUAAUAAUAAAACUUCAGAACAAAGCUUUAUAUUUUCAACAAAAAAUGCUUAUCCAUUUAUUUAAGUGUAGAAACUCAAAUACUUCAUAUGAACUUGUUUAGAUGAGAGAGUAAAGUGAUGACUUUGUUUUGUUCUGUUUAAAUGUAGACUCCUCAAUUUCUAGUCAACUUGGAGGAAGUGUGUUCUUUAGUUGACUGAUCCCACCUCAUGACCUAAUGCCAGGUGUAAAUGUGUUAACGUUUGUGAUUUGACAAAUGACUCAUUCAUAUAAACUCUUGAAUACAGUGACUCUUUAUUUAUGAAGAAACCAGUUGUAUUUUAUCUGUGGUCAAGGUUUUUAUUGUUGUUGUGGUGCAGACUUUGUUGACCACUUUGAAGUGCCUUCUCAUCUGUAUGCAGAUUACACAAGUCAAAAUCUUAUUCUACAUGGUUUUCUCUUUUUGAAAAAUCUGGCUACAGGUUGUGGAACAUAAUUUAUUAAAUUCCCUUUUUACUUAUAUUGCAGUAAAUGCUUGAUAAAUUAUAUAAUGUGCAUGUUUUAAAAUAGUAAUAGCUAAAUUUGUAUUUGUACAAUAGUGUAUAUCUAUUUAAUAUGUUUUUAAUUCUAUGAUUGUCUUCAUGUUUCCAAUGUCAAGUGUUUUCCUUUCUUGUGUAUUGUGUACAUCUUUAUUAUUCUUGGAUGCAAGGCUUGUGAUUACUAUUGCUUCUAUAACCAAGUGUUUGUACAACAACAUGUUGAUGAAAUGACUUCAUGAAUUGUGUGGGACAAAAAGGUGCAGUGAUCUUUUUUUUUUCCUUAUUGCUUUCAAAACACUCUCAGAGAACAAUUCUUAGUUUUGAGAAAAGUCUGAAGAGGAAGAGGAGCUCCUUCAUUGCUGUGAAACAUGGCUCAAGAUGGCACACUGUCCCAUUUAGAAAUGUGUUGCAUGUAUUGGGACUAGGGUGUUGUUAAGCAAUCUAACAUUUUGGUCUUGGAGAAAAGGAUUGUAGUCCCUGAAUUCACUCAGCUCCUAUUUUGUUUAUGAGAGUGGGGGGGAGGGGGUGCAUUUUAAUUAGGAACUAUUGAAUUAAUAAGUUGUAAGUAGCUCUACUACAGAUAUUGUAUAAAAGAGACUGUCAAACCAACCUGUAGCUCAUAGCAAGAACUCUUUUAAUACUGUAUACAUUGUAGAAUUCAAAAACAUCUGCUUCUAUCAGUGCUGUAGACUUUAGCCAAUCUCUUAGACUUAUUCAGUUAAAUCUUUAGUAACUAUUUAUACAUACUAUGUCACAGAGGACUGAGAGGAGCACUACGAUUUGUCCCAUUGACACACAUAAUCAGAGUUCAAAGUCAUCUUAGAGUUGAUUGGCAAUGGCCAUGAAGGGGCACACACAUAAUCAGAGUUCAAAGUCAUCUUAGAGUUGAUUGGCAAUGGCCAUGAAGGGGCACACACAUAAUCAGAGUUCAAAGUCAUCUUAGAGUUGAUUGGCAAUGGCCAUGAAGGGGCGCACAAAAGAAAAUAUGAAAACCGUUUCUUGUACUUAGAUCACUUGUAUUGAUAAACUGGAACAUUCUACGUACUAUUGGUUGUCUGGACAGAGUGUAGGUCCAUCUAAGGAUGCAAUUCUGCUCAUGCAUUAAAAGUAUGCAGUCUGACAGGGUCAUGUGCUUUGACCCAGCCAUCAUGACCAGCCAACUCAAUGCAGUCACAACAAUACUAGAAUGCAGUAGGUUUGUUUUAUGCAACACUUUUCUGAUCUGUUUUUGUCCUCGAAAUGUCUUGUGAAUUCUUGCCUUCAAAGAUGAGAAGACAAAUGGCCUUUUGUUUAAAUUAUGCUAUCCGUUCAUCUUUUUUUAUAUUUGCUUCAAAAGCUUAACCAAUCAUAAGGGCUUUUAAUUUAUUUUACAGGGAAGUGAGGUGUAGGGGUGUAAAUAUGCAUAUAGGUAUGUUGAUAUGCUACAAUUGUAUUUCUUGACAUCUACAGAUUGCAUCAUUACAUCCUUAUAGCUCUGUGUUUUUUUUUCAAAGAUGUAUUUUUUGUGAUUCUCUUGGUUGUGCUUUGUUUCCUAAGUGAUAACAUUGGAGAUUCAAGACUUUAGCAAGAGUUUGUGAAGAGGAGAAUUGCAGUUCUUCUUGUAACUAGGGACUCCCAGUAGCUCAACACUCGGUGACUCCCAGUAGCUCAACACUCGGUGACUCCCAUGGACCUCAUAUCUUCUUUUGUGAACUUUGAAUAUUUAUUUUUAUAAUUGUGUGUCAUCCAUUGGUUUUAUUUCUCCAGCGCCUCACCUUGUAUGAUUUCAUUUUAUUGCUUCCCUGUAUGACUGAAAGUCUUGCACUAAGUUUGUGCAGAAAUUACUUUCAGAGUGCUGGCUUUUUUUUUUUUUUGUCUUUGGAUUAUUCGCUUUGAUAGUUUGUAUUUUUCCCUGAAUUAAUUUUAAAUUUAUUCAAUAAAAAAAACAUUAUUUCAUUU